GUCUUAAAUUUAAUGGUGGAAGUGAAUAAAGUUGCGGGAGAUUGCCAUGUCACAGCGGUCACAGAAGAUUUAUUUACGCCGGCAACCCACAAUUACAGUUCUGCUUAGUUAACAAUGUUUAUCAAGAACAUUUUCUUCUAUCAUUAUCACCUAGGAUGAUACUGAGAUGCAUGUUGUGAUGGUUAAAGCCACUACAAGACAUUUGUGACCUUUCAUUUGACGUGUGGGAAAUUUCCGGAAGUUCUGUUCGUCUGAGAAGCCAUCUGACUCCAUUUUGUUUCGCAGCCGUAGAAUUCUUCAGCUGGAAGGAUGGCUGCAAACAACUAUUUCGGAUUUACACAUGGCAGCACUCAAUAUGGGGCUGCCAGUGCUGCAGCGUAUCCAACUGCUCAACCUGGUUAUGCAGUAACUCCAGCAGCCGCUACAGCCACGUACUCACCUCAGCGUCCAGCCACCGGCUAUGAAACCGCUUAUCAAACUGCUGCAGCAGCUGCUCCAGCUACAUAUGCUGCAGUAGGGGCUGGUACAGCUGCGGCUCCUGCAUCUUAUGAUUAUGGAUAUGGGGCACCGGCACAAACGGCUUAUAACACAGCUAAGACUUACUACCAACAGCCAGCUGCUGGUGCUGGUGCUUAUUCAACUGCAGAGACACAUUAUCAACCAUCUAAACCAGCCUAUAGUACCACCAAUACCUACACGGCUACAACUAGACAAACAGCCCAAGGCGUCCCAAAAGCUGCCGCCUAUACCACUUCGUACUCUGCACAACCAACGCAGCCCAAUGCCACCAGCUAUGCAUCAGGAUAUAAUUCACCUGCUGUUGUUCAGACUCAAAGUAAUGCUAAAUCAACGUACAAUGCAAACCAAGCCAACUCAAAUGCAGCUACCUUCACCACUAACUAUUCAGCUGCAUCAGUGCCUAACCAACCUGCUCCUAAAACAAAACCUGCUAAUUCAUCAUACUCUAACUACGAUGCAGCUGUCUAUAGUGCUGCAACUUUGUAUGCUGCUCAAUCUUCAAAUCCCUCUGGGACGUCAGCUGGAGCUGUAGGAUCUAUUCCAGGAGCAGGGGUCGCUCAAAGUGCAACCACUGCUGCAAAUAAGUUACCAACAGGCGCAUCAAACACCAUGUCCAGUGGGAGUACAUCAUCAUGGCAGAAUAAUUACCGUAAAGGGCCUGUUGGCGGUGGUAUUAGGAAAUCAUUUAAUCCAAAGCAGCCACCUAAACAACAACAAGUUCAUUAUUGUGAUGUUUGUAAGAUUAGCUGUGCUGGGCCCCAGACGUAUCGUGAGCAUCUGGAUGGUCAAAAGCACAAGAAGAAAGAAGCUAUGCUGAAAGCUGGUACAGCAACCACAAACAGUCAAAAUGCUCUUAAAUGUGAGCUGUGUGAUGUGGAUUGUACAGGCUCUGAUGCUUAUGCUGCCCACAUUCGAGGUGCAAGACAUCAGAAGGUGGUGAAACUUCAUACUAGACUUGGGAAGCCAAUUCCCUCAACUGAACCAGUAGUUCAAGGAAAAUCGGGAGCACCUGUCAAGGCCAACAUACCAUCAAAUUCUAGCUCAGGUACCCCAAUCAAGAAGCCUAUGACCACUAUCACACCAUCCACUUCAACCACACCAAAGAUCAACUUUAAUCCUUCUGCCACAGUCACUGGUGUGCCAGGUUCAUCUACCAGUGCAGAAGCAAAAGAAGAUGACGAUGAUGUUGUAGACAAAGAUGUACAACCUGUUGGCCAGGAUUACAUUGAAGAGAUUAAAAAUGAAGAGGGAAAAUCUACAUCAUUCAUGUGCAAGUUGUGUGAAUGCCGCUUCAAUGAUCCAAAUGCUAAGGAAAUGCACAUGAAAGGCCGCAGACAUAGACUACAGUACAAGAAGAAAGUUAAUCCUGAGCUUGUUGUUGAAGUCAAGCCUUCCCUGCGCCAGCGGAAAGGAAUGGAAGACAAACAGCGGCGCAUGCAUUUCAGAGAAGACUUCAUGAGACGCAGGGAUGAAGAGAGAAUGAUGCGAGGUAUGAUGGAGGAGGAAGAGCGUUAUUGGGAAGAAAGGCAUCGCUACGAGCAAGAGAUGGAGUACUUUGAAUGGUGCCGCAGAUUUGGUAGAGAUCCCCGUCCUUUGGGACCUCCUGGUCCAAGAUUUGGCCCCCCGGGCCCAGGCCUUAUGAUUCCUCCAUUUUUCGGUCAGCCUCCCAUGAUGAGAAGACCAGAUUCAAUGGAGGAUCGUCAUGUCAUAGCUCGACACACUGAAAUUUACCCAAGUGAAGAGGAAUUAUCAGCUGUUCAAAAAAUUGUGUCUCAUUCAGAAAAGGCUCUGAAAUUUGUAUCUGAUCAUUUAGCGGAAAUCUCCCAAGCUGCUGGUAGCAAAUCUGGGGCCAAACCAGGCAACCCGAAACCUACACAAGUUAAAACUCCCGCUACACCAGCUAAACCAGGAUCUUCAACUCCAGCCACUCCUGCUCCAACUGCAACUUCUGCUGCACCAAAUGCUUCAGCAAGUACACCUGCUACCCCAAAGGUUAUUAAAAAGGAAGAUGGCAGUGAUGGCACUUUGUUCUCAUUUCAACAGAAUAAGGAAGAAGCUACAACUGGUCAUAGGCUGCUUAAGGGUGUUAUGCGAGUUGGAUCCUUGGCUAAGGGUCUUUUACUGCAUGGUGACACUUCAGUCAAUCUAGUAGUUUUGUGUGCUGAGAAACCAACUCGUUCCUUGUUGUACAAAGUUGCUGAAAACCUCCCUAAACAAUUGCAGGUUGUGGCACCAGAAGACAAGUACAGUGUGAAAUGCAAACCCGAGGAUGCGGCAUUGGUUGUCAUCGGAGCCAAAGAGCCUCACAUCACAGUUACUAUCACCUUAACUUCCCCUGUGAUGCGGGAACAAAUUCAGGUCCCCUCUGCUGAAGCGGCUGGUGACUCAGCUCAGGCAGCGAUUGUGAAGGUGAAGGACCCCCCAGACGUGCUGGACAAGCAGAAAUGUUUGGAGGCUCUUGCCGCCCUGAGGCAUGCCAAGUGGUUCCAGGCUAGAGCAACACAGGUUCAAAGUUGUGUUAUGAUAAUUCGAAUAUUAAGGGACCUUUGCCAGAGAGUUCCUACAUGGGCCCCUCUUCACAAUUGGCCUAUGGAACUUCUCGUUGAGAAAGUUUUAAGUUCAUCUCCACCUCCUCCAUUGAGUCCAGGAGAGGCUCUAAGAAGAGUUAUGGAAGCACUUGCAUCAGGAAUAAUGUUGCCAGGCGGGCCCGGCUUGUUAGACCCGUGUGAGAAAGAGCCCGUCGAUGCUGCAGGAAUGUUGACUCCUCAACAAAGAGAAGAUAUAACUGCCUCAGCACAGCAUGCCCUUCGUCUUCUGGCAUUCCGACAAAUCUUCAAAGUCUUAGGCAUGGAUCAAUUACCUCCUAACAAAUUUGCUAGAAAUCGCUUUGGAACACGUAAACGUCGGCGAGAAGGAAGUGGAGGGGAAGGCAAUGAUCCAGAAGCUGUUGAUGGCAAGAAAGAUAAAAAGGAUGAAGUUGUGAAAAUGGAAACCGAUAAGUAGCGUGACUGUGUUUUACCAGAAAAUUCUAUUUGAAGUUGCAAUUAUAGUGUUAUGCAUGAUUGAAUGUGUUGUAACGCGUUCUAUCACCAGCAAUUUGUUUCUUUACCUAGUAGUAAGUUGUGAUUGUGUGUCUGUUGUAACUUGAUAUAUUCAGUCAUUACAUAAUAUUUUGUUGAUCUUAAAAGAUUUUUUUUGUUAGUGCACUUAUUUUCAUCAUUAUAUUAAUCAUGCUUGAGCCUUGUAUUGAUGUGGAUUGCACAUUUAACUGACAAGACAUUUAAUUUGGAAGGUCUUAUUUUUACUCAGAUUGGAAUAUGUUUGUAAUAGAAAUACUGGAAUGCAACUAUCCUGAUGAAACUGUAUUACAAACUGACAGGUAGUACUGUAUACUGGUAGUUCUUUUCUAAAUCCACAUGAGUCUUAAGAUAAAGUCGAUGACCUGUUAAAAGCCGCAACAUAUGCAACAGUUUUAUGUUGGUCUCUCAAUAUUUUUCAUGUUUGUUUUCUGUGAGUGAUGUUUGGAUUUACAGGCAAGUCUGCCCUAUUAUUAUUUUGUUCCCUCCAAGAUUCUUGAUUGUUUAGGAAGCAUUGCUACUUUUACUUCAAGUUUCUUGUUAUUAAACAACUAGUUAGGAAAACUCUGUAGUAAGAUAGAAAGAUAUGCAUCAUGUGCUUUAUCAGUUUUUAUUAAGCAUCAGGACUUAAGCCCGCUGAAACAUUAUAGUGUGACUUACCUCUACAAAUAGUAUUUGAGUCUUUUUAUGGGCAAAAGCUUAAGUCCCUAUCUUGUCUAUUCCAUCAUCUGGUACAAGUGCUCUAUAUGUUCCUGCACCAAAUGAUCAUCUAGAAGUGUAACAAAAGAAUGAACCAAGUGGUAAGUGCAAAUGGGCAUUGUAUAGGUAUGACCACUCUUGGGGUGACCUGUGAUUUUAUGCAUACUAGAGUUUAAUUGUACAUUAAUAUAUAAAUUCAUUGGAACAAAUAAAGAGUUAAAGUUAAA